UUUUUAAAUUUUGCCAAACUAUCCCACAAAGCUUUUUCUUUCCUCCUAAACCCACUUUUUGGCUCACCUUUCCUACCCACUUUACUACAAACAAACCACUAAACGACCCCUCUCCCGGGCCUCCGACGGCAGGAGUCCGCGGACCUCCCAGGCCGACAGCCCUCCCUCUAUCCGCGAGGGUUCCGGGCCCGGCGAGAGGGCGCGCGCACAGCCGAGGACAUGGAGGUGACUGCGGACCAGCCGCGCUGGGUGAGCCACCACCACCCCGCGGUCCUCAACGGGCAGCACCCGGACACGCACCACCCGGGCCUCGGCCACUCGUACAUGGACCCGGCUCAGUACCCCCUGACGGAAGAGGUGGACGUACUUUUUAACAUCGAUGGUCAAGGCAACCACGUCCCGUCCUACUACGGAAACUCGGUCAGGGCUACCGUGCAGAGGUACCCUCCGACCCACCACGGGAGUCAGGUAUGCCGCCCACCUCUGCUGCACGGAUCCCUGCCCUGGCUCGAUGGUGGAAAAGCCCUGAGCAGCCACCACACGGCCUCGCCCUGGAACCUCAGCCCUUUCUCCAAGACGUCCAUCCACCACGGCUCCCCGGGGCCGCUGUCCGUCUACCCUCCGGCUUCCUCCUCUUCUCUGGCCGCAGGCCACUCCAGUCCGCAUCUCUUCACCUUCCCACCCACCCCUCCGAAGGACGUCUCCCCAGACCCGUCGCUGUCCACCCCGGGAUCAGCGGGCUCCGCCAGGCAAGAUGAGAAAGAGUGCCUCAAAUAUCAGGUGCCGCUGCCGGAUAGCAUGAAGCUGGAGACUUCCCACUCCCGAGGCAGCAUGACCACCCUGGGAGGGGCCUCGUCCUCAGCCCACCACCCCAUCACCACCUAUCCGCCCUAUGUGCCCGAGUACAGCUCCGGACUCUUCCCACCCAGCAGCCUGCUGGGAGGAUCCCCUACUGGGUUCGGGUGUAAAUCGAGGCCCAAGGCACGAUCCAGCACAGAAGGCAGGGAGUGUGUGAACUGUGGGGCCACCUCCACCCCACUGUGGCGGCGAGAUGGUACUGGGCACUACCUCUGCAACGCCUGCGGACUGUACCAUAAGAUGAAUGGACAGAACCGGCCCCUUAUCAAGCCCAAGCGGAGGCUGUCAGCAGCAAGGAGAGCAGGGACAUCCUGUGCCAACUGUCAGACCACCACCACCACCCUCUGGAGGAGGAAUGCUAAUGGGGACCCCGUCUGCAAUGCCUGUGGACUCUACUACAAGCUCCACAAUAUUAACAGACCCCUGACUAUGAAGAAGGAAGGCAUCCAGACCCGAAACCGGAAGAUGUCUAGCAAAUCCAAAAAGUGCAAAAAGGUGCAUGAUGCGCUGGAGGACUUCCCCAAGAGCAGCUCCUUCAACCCGGCUGCCCUCUCCAGACACAUGUCAUCCUUGAGUCACAUCUCCCCGUUCAGCCACUCCAGCCACAUGCUGACCACGCCGACGCCCAUGCACCCGCCCUCUGGCCUCUCCUUUGGACCUCACCAUCCUUCCAGCAUGGUCACCGCCAUGGGGUAGAGGGAGAGCCCUGCUCCGGAUGCACGAGGAGUUUCCGAGUCCACAAAGACUCCCUCUGACCCCUUCUACUUGCGUUUUUGCAGGAGCAGUAUCAUGAAGCCCAGAAGCGACAGAUCUGUGUUUUUGAAGGCAGAAAGCAAAAUGCUCGCUUCUUUUUCAAAGGAGCUCCCGGUGGUGUCUGUGUUCCAACCACUGAAUCCGGAUCCCAUUUGUGAAUAAGCCAUUCAGACUCAUAUUCCCUAUUUAACAGGGUCUCUAGUGCUGUGAAAAAAAAAAUAUUGCUGAACAUUGCAUAUAACUUAUAUUGUAAGAAAUACUGUACAUUUGAGGAAGACUUUAUUGUACCUGGAUAGCUGUAAGAAAGGCAUGAAGGACGCCAAGAAUUUUAAGGAAUAUAGGGAAAAUAAAGUAUGGAGAGAGAUACAGAAGAAACUAAGUCUCGAUGUCCAUUUAUGGGCACGCUGUCAGUUUUGUUUCCCUUUAGUUGUUUGAUGCAUUAAAAAAAAAAAAAACAAAA